AUGGAGUCCACCGCGGGGAGCGAGAAGGAGAGUGGAAGAGGCGCAGCUACAGGGAAGUGCGUGAAUAGGAUCUCGGUGCCAAGACCUCCCUCCAUUGAGGACUUCACCAUAGUGAAGCCCAUUAGCCGUGGCGCCUUCGGGAAGGUGUAUCUAGGACAGAAAGGCGGCAAGUUGUAUGCAGUCAAGGUUGUCAAAAAAGCAGACAUGAUCAACAAAAAUAUGACUGAUCAGAUACAAGCUGAGAGAGAUGCACUGGCCCUAAGCAAAAGUCCUUUCAUUGUCCAUUUGUACUAUUCACUGCAGUCAGCAAACAAUGUCUACUUGCUAAUGGAAUAUCUUAUUGGUGGAGAUGUCAAAUCUCUCCUACAUAUAUAUGGUUAUUUUGAUGAAAAGAUGGCUGUGAAAUACAUUUCUGAAGUGGCACAGGCUCUAGAUUACCUUCAUAGACAUGGAAUCAUUCACAGGGAUUUGAAACCAGACAAUAUGCUUAUUUCUAAUGAAGGUCAUAUUAAACUAACUGAUUUUGGCCUUUCCAAAGUUACUUUGAAUAGAGAUAUCAAUAUGAUGGAUAUCCUUAUAACACCAUCAAUGGCUAAACCUAGGCAAGAUUAUUCAAGAACUCCAGGACAAAUAUUAUCUCUCAUCAGCUCUUUGGGAUUUCACCUGCCAGUUGAAGAAGAAAGUCAAGACUCUGCAAAUAUUCUUUCAGCCCAUGUAUCUGAAACAUCACAGCUUUCUCAAGGACAAAUUUGUCCUAUGUCUGUAGAACAAAGGGACAGUACUCCUUAUUCUAGCAAACUACUAAAAUCAUGUCUUGAAACAGUUGCCUCCAAUCCCAGAAUGCCUGUAAAGUGUCUAACUUCUAAUCUACUCCAGUCUAGGAAAAGGCUGGCUACAUCCAGUGCCAGCAGUCAGUCCUACACUUUUGUAUCAAGUAUGGAAUCUGAAUGCCACAGCAGUCCUACAUGGGAAAAAGAUUGCCAGGAAAGUGAUGAUGGAUUUGGCUCUACAAUGAUGAGUUGGAACACAACUGAAAAGCCUUUAUGUACAAAAUCUACAAAUGACAUCGAGACCAUAAGUUUCAAUAAGAAGAAUCUUGAGUUAGCCCUUUCUCCCAUUCAGAGUAGUAGUACCAUUCCUGCCAGUGGAAGCUCUUGUGUAAACCUUGCUAAAAAGUGCUUCUCUGGGAAAGAUUCUUGGGAAGCAAGAGAACUGGAUAUAAAUAACACUAAUAUGGCCACUUGCACAAGGCAGUCUGGUUUUCAUCAGUCAGAUCAGGGGACUGUAGAUUCCACUGGUAUAACUGAAGAGCACCUUGGGAAAAAAAGUGUUAAGAGACAUUUUGAGUUAGUUGACUCCAGUCCUUGUCAGAAAACUAUACUGAAUAAAAAAAAUUGUAUAGAAAUGAGAGAUUGUUACACAAAUCAAAGUACAGGCUUAACAACUGAAAUUCAGGACCUUAAAUUGUCAGUAUAUAGAAGUCAACAAAAUGACUGUACUUAUAAGGAGAAUAUGGUCGAUUCUUUUAUGGAUAAACAACAAACACCAGAAAAAACAAAUAUCCCAAUGAUAGCAAAAAAUCUUAUGUGCGAACUGGAUGAAGAUUGUGACAAAAAUAACAAGGACAGCUUAAGUUCUAGUUUUCUAUGUUCUGAUGAUGAUAGAGCUUCUAAAAGUAUUUGUAUGGACUCUGAUUCAUCUUUUCCUGGAAUUUCUAUAUUGGAAAGUCCAUUAGAAAGGCAGUCCUUAAAUCCAGACAAAAACAUCAAAGAAUCUUCUUUUGAAGAAUCAAAUAUUGAAGACUUACUUAGUGUAUCACUCAGCUGCCAAGAAAGUACCUUGCCAAAAGGUGAUGAGAAUCCUGUUGUCCAAGACAGUAACCAAAAAAUGUUAGCUCCUUCUUCAGAGGUGUUGAAAACAUUAACCGUCUCUAAAAGAAAUGCAGUAGCUUUUCGAAGUUUUAACAGCCAUAUUAAUGUAUCCAAUAAUUCAGAACCAUCCAAAAUGAGCAUUAAUUUAGAUGCAAUGGAUAUUUCGUGUGCUUAUAGUGGUUCAUAUCCCAUGGCCAUAACCCCAACUCAGAAAGAAAGAUCCUACUUGCCAUAUCAGCAGACCCCAAGUCAGGUCAAGUCAGGAACUCCGUAUCGAACUCCAAAGAGUGUGAGAAGAGGGGCGGCCCCAGUGGAUGAUGCGCGAAUCCUGGGAACCCCAGACUACCUCGCACCUGAGCUGUUAUUAGGCAGGGCCCAUGGAUUUCUGACUUCGGGUCCUGCGGUAGACUGGUGGGCACUUGGAGUUUGCUUGUUUGAGUUUCUAACAGGAAUUCCCCCGUUCAAUGAUGAAACACCACAACAAGUAUUCCAGAAUAUCCUGAAAAGAGAUAUCCCUUGGCCUGAAGGUGAAGAAAAGUUAUCUGAUGAUGCUCAAAAUGCAGUAGAAAUACUUUUAACUAUUGAUGAUACAAAGAGAGCUGGAAUGAAAGAGUUGAAACAUCAUCCUCUCUUCAGUGAUGUGGACUGGGAAAAUCUACAGCAUCAAACUAUGCCUUUCAUACCCCAACCAGAUGGUGAAACAGAUACAUCAUAUUUUGAAGCCAGAAAUAAUGCUCAGCACUUGACCGUAUCUGGAUUUAGUCUAUAGCACAUAAAUUUGCCCUUUAAUCUAACCUUGUCUUAUAGAAAGAGCUACCAUAAUUAUAUAUUCGUUAUUAUAAGUUUUAUUUAAGGGGGGAAAAUCAUAUUACCUGGAUCAAUGAGCUUUUAUGUAUGUUUACAGCUUCCACAGAGGUAAAAGGCUACCAAGAAUAUAAUCAAUAAGUUAUCUUAAUCUCAAAGUUUCUUUCAUCUUAUUUAUUUUGUCACUGCACUUUAUGAAAAUUAAUGCAUCAAUAAAACUAGAAUGACACUACCAUUUUAGAGAAAGUAAGCCUUGAGCUUGAUUUUCUUUCUCAUCUGUUGAUUUCAGUCCACCAUUCAGUUCGGUGUUAAAAAUAACAAAACACCAUACAAUUUUAUUUUAAUGUAAUUUAUUUGUACAUGAUUGCCUGCAAAAGCUGUAGUCUCAAGGGCAAUCCUUUAAGGCUGCAUUUGUGACCUCAAUAUGCAGCUGGAAAAUUUCUUCACUCAGUAGUGUAGCUCCUUUUGGGAAUGAGGGAUAAACAAAAGGACUAUGGUUUUGGCUUGCUUUCCUAUGAAUAUAGUUUUGCUACUUUGGCUGUUUCUGUUGCUUUCUCUACAAUGCAUAUCUGUUUAAAAUAGUUAUGGAAAGAUUAG